AUGGAGUUCAUUUUGGGAGAGUUGUUUUUCACCUAUAAGGACUAUAAAGACUACAUUGACAUUGAAUUGAUACCUUUCGGAAAUUCUUGGUAUAUUGUGAGUGUUUGCUAGUCGUGUAGUAUAGUACGCAUUUAUUUAGAGCUACUACACUUUCUGACAGACUAAUACUAGAAGUAUUUUAUAACUUUCAGUCCGGCAAACUGCACUGUCAACAUGGCAAAAGUGAAUGCGAUGCCAAUGCGCUGGAAAAUUGUGUUGUAAAAUACGUUGAAAACCCCUUCUUGACCAUUCAUUGCAUUACGAAGGAGUUGUACGAGGACAGGACGUUGGAACAAGCAAAAGAUUUGUGUUUUACGAUUACUGGGGUUAACAAUACAGUGCAGAGUAAAAUACGGUAGGUUUAAAAAAACUAGCUUUAUUUUUUUAUAUUAUUUUAUUUUUUAUUUAUUUUUUAUUUUGUUGGGUUCUCACCCAAGUUCCCAGGAAAUUUGAAUAAACUCGGAAGUAUAAAUACAACAGACACUCCCAAUAUCCUUUAAUUUCUGUCUCCGGACUCCGGUCGUGUAUGUGCUUCAUUUCGUCUCAAUAAACCCUACACUCUUCUUACUUUGGAUUGGUGACCACCUUCCCCUUCUCCCAGCAGCGCCUCUAUUUUACCUAAUUUUAUUAAUCUUUUUAUUCUAUUUUUUCUUAUUCUUUAUUUUUUUUUAUUUUUUUUUUACUUUUUUUGCUUUAUUUUAUAGUAUAUUUCAUUUCUUCUUGCUUUUUUUAUUUAUUUUUUAUUUUAUUUUCUUGUUUUUUUAUUUUAUUUUAUUUUUUUGAAUUAUUUAUUUUUCAGACACUGCUACACAAGUUCCGAACGAGAUUUUCUACUGAAACAGGCCUUCAAUAAGACAAAAUCGACAUUUCCGGAGAAUAAAUGGGAAUACGGCUUCAUUCCCUACAUUGGAUUCGACGAUUUCUACGCUUCAAAUUUGCAGUUUUAUCAGAAAGAUUUAUCCUUUGCAAUUUGCAAUUUUUUGAGUGCAAAAAAUUUAGAAAAUUUGAAUAAUUUGUGCAAAAGCUAA